AUGUCGUCCGAUGGGGAGACGACACCUAAAGCUCCCAGGCGAAGCACCAGGGACCGCAAGACAGUCAAGCCAUACGUCUCGAUACCUCAACCAACGCGAAAGCGAAAGCGCACUAAAGCAGAUAACGGAAGUGAUACAGAAGGGACCGACGGGGAGCGAUCGGCGGCCAGUGAGCCCGAAAACGAUAGUGACGACGAGGGGCUCGAACCACAGGACAAGGAUAAAGAUGAGGCAGAGGAGAGCGAGAGUGAGGACGAUGAUGAGGGGGAGGAGUACAAGGCACCCAGAGCAUCGCAAGCCAAGGCCACGAUCGCUCCGAAACCUCGAGGGAGGCCAAAGGGUACAACCGAUUCGGCCAAGCAUACCAGAAAGAAGCCGGCCGCCACGAAGCCAAGGGCGACCAAGGCUAGAGGCAAGGGGGAAGGGGGAGGGCAUGUUACCAGCGAUCUUGCGAUCAACAAGGACAAUGCUUUGUUCAAUGCACUGUUGAAUCCCUCUUCUGCGCUGCAAUCCGUCGUUGACGACUAUUUCGAAUCAUACAACCAAGCACCUUCAGCAGCCCUUGCGGAUCUCGCCAACUGUAUUUUACGAGCAUGUGGAUGCAACGCAUCCCUGGACUCUGAUGAGGUCCUGGAUAGUGACAACGUCGUCGAUAAACUUGACGAUCUCAUUGAGGCGGUAAAAAAGGAAGCUGCUCCGGCGUAUCCUCUGGUUUCCAAGCAUCCGGGUUAUAAGAAGUUCCGUAAACAACUCUCCGAGCUCUUACACCGUUUGAUUCAAUCAGCUGCAGACCUACCUCAACCCUCCCCUCUUUUCCCUGCGUCCGAUGAUACUGGCUUACUACCAGUACUACAGCCAUGGAUCGUCUGCAUGUCGACUUCUCUAGUUCGAAGUUUCCGACACACAGGCACAAUCGUUGCCCUUGAGAUGGAAUCUGCUCUCUGUGAGGUCGCAAAGGACGUAGAAAAAGAGGGCGAAGUACUUGGCAGGCAACGUGAGGCCGAACGUAAACGGCGCGCCAGUGUUCCCGGAAAAUCCAAGGGCAAAACACCUCGAGAAAAAGAGCUGGACAGUAAAGCGGAGAACGUAAAGCGACGAAAGACUGUCCUGAAUGAUUAUCUCAAGGAAUUCUUUGAUGACGUUUUUGUACAUCGAUACCGGGACGCUGAUGCCGGGAUCCGUGCGGACUGUGUAAGGGAGUUGGGUAAAUGGAUGAAAACUCAUCCCACAUAUUUCUUGAGUGGUACAUAUCUGCGGUAUAUUGGCUGGCUACUUUCAGACAUGAAUACGAGCGUAAGACUGGAAGCUAUCAAAGCUCUGUCGGCUCUCUAUACCUCAUCCGAUAAUAGUACUGUGCUAGCCCUUACCAACUUUACCGAACGCUUCAAACCGCGUCUCUUACAAAUGGCUGCACAAGACUCGGAUGUCGGAGUGCGAGUUGCGGUAGCUCGGGUUCUUACAGACAUCGAUACCCAAGGAUUACUGGAAGAAGAUGAACAAGCGCCACUAUGCCUAUUGGUAUUCGACGUAGAAGCGCGAGUCCGGAAAGCGGUUGCUGGGUUCGUACGUGGGGUAUGGGAGGCGAGUGUAGAAGAGAAACUCCAAGGGCGGAACAGCAAGGGCAAAGAACACGAGAAGGAGAAACAACGCGCCGGAGUAAAGUGUUUGCUUUCUUCGCUUGUCGAAUGGAUCAAACUGGCCGAUGCCUCUUCAAAUGCGCCUAACGAGACCGAAGAAGAUCCAGAUAGUUCGCAGCAGCAGCCUGCGACACAGCAAACUUCUGGGGCAGUAGUUUCAUUGUUGCUUAACCCGACUGGAACGAAAUCUCGCAUUGCAUUGGCAGUGUCUGCACUUUGGGAUGAACUGGACGUCCUUCGCGAGUGGAAUGCGCUGCUCGAUCAUGUACUACUGGACCACUCAGGAGGGUCGGGUGGCGAGAUUGUGUCCAGCCCAUCCAAAAGGCGAGCUGCCAAGGGGCCGGAGCCUGGGGAAGACCCAGCAUGGAGGCUAAGUGAAGCAGAAGAAAGUGUUGCGAUGGAAGUCUUGAUUGCUGCUCUUGGGUGCAUAAAGGAGGAAGCCCUACAGGGCAAAAAGGGCGAGGACGAGUCCGUCACUGCUGACAUUACUCGCGCAUUGAUGAAGGCUCUUCCACGGCUAUUCGCCAAGGUUCAAACGGACGAAAAGAGGGUUGGUGAUGUAUUGCUCCUGCCUCAGUACAUGAACUUGGACAUGUACGUCGAGUUGAGAGAGACGCCUGCAUACGAGCAACUCUGGAACGACGUGACUAAACAAUUCUUCUCUCACUCCACGCCAACGGUCUUACGGCACGUCGUAUCGGUCAUUCAACAAUUUACCCAAACAACCAGCCUUGCCAAUACUAACGCACUCAAAAUUCUCGAGCUCGAAGACGAGCUUGCUACAUCUGUUCGUCAACUGCUUGCUGGACGAGAAGAGCUGGAUAUUGUGACAUUUACUGAGGAUGAGGUACAUGCUCUCAGUGCGUUUGUAUUAAGGUUGCACACACUCUAUGGAGUUCGGGACAUGACCGCGUGGAUGGAAGAAGACGACACUGGGAAAGUCAGUCGGUUGGUGGACGUGCUUGGGGCCCUCUCCGAACGAGGCAGGUUGGGCUACAAAGAGGAAGAGAUGAUGAUGAAUGAAUCACUCCAACUCUUGGUUCUCUAUGUCGCCUGGAAAGCACGACUCUUGCAAACAAGCCCCAUGGCUGAAGACGACAGGACCAAGGCUUACGAAGAGUUGAAGGAAAUCCGAGACGCCCUGACCGAGCGACUUGUUCAGUUCUCAGUUGGCACACAAACAAACACCAUUGAAGGAGUCAAGCGAAGUGCAUUCCAAUGUCUCCUUAAUCUGGCCAUAUUAUUCCAACCCCACCGUUCAAUCGAAGAAGACACAGCCUCGAAACAGCCCAUUCCAAUGACCCUGCCUGAUGAAUUACAACUCCGCUGCAAGGACUAUAUCCAAACCGAAAUUGAACAAUACAUUGAUUUGCUCGACGAAGAGCGCGAGGAUUCCGAUGAGCAGGCCAGUAACGACGGGGAUAGCUCGAGUCUCAGUGAAGAUGAAGACACAAAGGCCAGGAAACCUAAAAAGUCCAAGAAUGGCAAAAGGCCGGAGCGCGGCGGAUCGCCCAGCUCCAAGACGUUGCCUCAAGCCCGCCUCGAACGAGAAUAUACAUUCCAUUUGGUCAUCAGCGCAUUUUUGCGUGCGAUCCGAACGGGGGCCAUCAAUAUCGAACAUUCUGCUGUAUUACUCGGUCACUAUGGGCGUGUUUCUUCUGUGUAUGACCAAUGCACCAAGGUUAUCAUCGAAGUAUUGCGAGAGGAGGGCAUGUACGGUGGGAACGCGGAAGUGUCCUUCGGCCUCUAUAUUGACAACGUAUCUAAAUCCGACGCCAACACAAUUGCACUAGCCAAAGCACUCUCAGGAGCACUCGUCAUCCGCGGUGCCCAACUCUCGGUCUUGAGACGGCUGGACACAGCACAGGUUGCAAAUGUGCACAUAACAUGCAUAUCAUGGAUCGUCAAGAAGAUCUCAGGGUAUCAGACCAUGGGUAACAAAAAUGCUCGCAACCGUUCCGUAGCGUUUUUCAAAUCCCUAGUCUGGUUAUUGAGCACCGUCGAGAGCUCUGAUGCAAUUCGAAUCAAAAAUCAUUUGGACAUGACGCUCACUGAUGCAAAUGUUGAGACCCCGGCGUCAUCCAAAAUUUGGGAACCGCUGAGGGCAUACGAUAAGAGACUCAUUACUGCAAUGGCUAAGGAUAAAGCCCUGGCCGCACGCAUCAAGACGCGAAAAUCUACAGCGGCAGUAGCGACCGAUGACGAACAUGAAGCCGACGAAGGCGAGGGUCACCAAACCGAUGUGGAGCCCGACCAAGGACAACCCUCGGACGAAGAAGAUCAUCAGCCGGCGGCGAGGGAAGAACCCGAGUCUAAACGAACCCGUACGAGACCGAGACCACGAGCGAAACCCAAGUCAACGACACCUACUGAGGAAGCACCGGAUGAUAUCGAUAUACCCGACGCGCUCCAAGUCGAUUCCGAGCCAGAAGCACAGGCAGAGGGGGAGGAAGAGACAGAAGCCGAGGGCGAGCCCAUACCGUCAUCUCCGGCUCCGGCUCCUGCUCCUCCCGAAAAGCCUAAACUCAAGGGGCGUAUGAUGAAGGGUAAACAAACUAGUGCCACAUCUAGAACUACACGGGCGAAUAGUCGCAAGCGGGUGCGCGAACCCCAGGAGGAGGAAGAGGAAGAUGAAGAGGAGCAAGUAGCCGAAGAUCAGGUCGAGGCUGCCGUUGAAGUGGAGCACGAGCCUUCGUCGAAACCGCCGUCGCAAGCGACGAGCGACGUUGGGUUUACCAGACGGAGGAAACGGGCCAAAGCCUAG